GAAGAUAUUCCUUGUGGCCAGCGGCAGUUAAAAGCGACGAAAACAAAAAAAGACUACGUGGAAGUUAAUGGUGAGAAGCAGCUGUUACUGAGAAAUUUACGUUAAAACACCACUUUUCCUUUUCCUUAGGAUUACAAGAAUAGUGACAAUAGUUAAAUUGACGUUCGAGGCCGGAGUCUUGUUGUUAUGAGGGAUUUUAUAUUGCUCAACCGCGCCGAGACAGCGUCCAUUUGAAAGGUGCUUUUCAGAUUUUUCACGCGCCGCAGUGGACUACAGAAGAAAUAGUUUCAUUUCGCGAUUGCCUUUGAGGACAAGGCUUUAAACGGGUAUAUUCUAUGUUGUAAUGUCGGCAGACUUGAAGAAAAUGCCCUCAAAAGAAGAAGUGGGGGGAAGCAAGAUCGAGCUUCGGACUUCAUCUGGUACGGUAAUUUGUCUGAAUUUCUCUGAAAAAGACCAAGUACUUCCGAAGAUUGUUCGACUGGUCGACCCAGAAACAGAUCACGCGGUUGUGUUUCGGUCGGAAGAUGGAGUCUAUCACGAACUAGAUUCGGACUGUGCGUCGAAUCUGCAAGAAUUGCAACAAAUAAACCAUUGUCACCAUUGCAACUGCGGUGAUGGAAACGAACAAUCUGCAAACGCGAAUGCCGACGUCCGGAAGAACGACGAGAGGCUCGAAAAACAGCGGGAAAAACUGCAGAAGAAACUGCGGGAAAGAAAGGCGAGCAACCAAGAUGACGAAAACUGUAAUGGCCAUUGCCAUCAAGUUAUUCAACUGCCGAUCCAAGGACUAAAACAGUAUGUACGAGUUAAUUCAGCUGGCUGUAUGAAUGGAGAGAGCAAAAUGAACUCUUCUAAAGAUGAUUCUACAUCGGACUCAAAGCCAGCUAAAGAGAAAAGUAUGUCGGAAGAGCUGAAGAUUCAAAAGGCACCUGAGAUUGAAGUUUUAAACUGCUCAACAGUGAAAGUGUCGUGGGCAGGGCAAGUUAGUAACAACAGUCAUCUUACUGGAUGCAGUUUUGACCUGCAAAUGUUCUCCAAGGCAUCACCUUAUAAUUCAAUUUACAGUGGUUCGUCUAAGGAGUUUAUUGUUAAAGAACUCAGACCUGGAACUCAGUACAAGUUCAGAUUACAAGCUAAGAAGGAUGAUGAUGAGGGAGAAUUUUCUCCAGAAGUUACCUGUGAUAUGCCGUGUUCUGUACCCUCCACACCUAAUCAGCCUCAUCUUGGAAGCAAGACAAAAACCAGCUUCACAGUCAAGUGGACGGCACCAUCGGAUAAUGGCUCUCCAAUCACAUUGUACAGACUGGAAUGGAAUAAGGGUGAAAAGGGUGGCCCAUACACAGAGGCCUACUGUGGGCCCCAGAGACAGUUCAAACUGACACAUAAGCUCCCUCCUGCCACGCCCUGUUCAUUCAGACUGCAGGCGGUGAACAGCAUAGGAGCAAGUAAAUUCAGCAAAGAGUUAAAGUGCAUAACCAGUGCAGGAGCACCAUCAGCACCCUCAUCUCCCAAGCUAGACAAGGCAGGCGUCAACUUCAUUAGUCUGUCAUGGAGUAAACCAGAAUCCAAAGGAGCUGAGAUCUCAGAGUAUUUAUUGGAAAUGGAAGAUGAUACUACGGGCUAUGGGUUCCGUGUGGUGUAUCGAGGAAUAGAAAACUCUUGUGUGAUCGAUAAACUACAGAGAAAUACUUGCUACAAGUUCAGGCUGCUGGCAUCUAAUUCACAAGGAAAGAGCAAAUGGAGUGAUACUGUGAUGUUUGACACUUGCCCUGAAAGACCAGGUCAGCCAUCACCUCCUGUGCUCGAAGGAAAAGUUCGAUCUUCAGGAUUUACUGUGUCAUGGGAUCCACCAUCAGAUACCGGAGGGUCAGAGAUCACAGCUCACAUAUUAGAAGCGGAUGACGGCAAAGGAGGGCAGUUUGUUGAGGUGUAUAGAGGACUGGACCGCGAGUACACUUUUACUGGCUUGUCUCCUGGGCACUUGUACAGAAUCCGUUUCGCAGCACUUAGUGAUGGGGGCAUCAGUGAGUGGUCCAAAGUGAAGAAAAUCAAGACAUCAGCAGUCAUACCCGGCCAAGCCAACCCACCAGUCUUAUCAAAGAAUCACAAACCUCAACCCAAUACCCUGGAUCUUCGUUGGGAUCCACCCAGCUAUGAUGGUGGUGCCGCGAUAUCAGGCUACAUCAUGGAAAUGGAGAACCCUGUAACAAAAGAGUUCAAGGAAAUUCACCAUCUUAUGGACAAUGUGUGUACAGUAAGUGGGCUUCUGCCUGGAAGGACUUACUCCUUCAGAGUGAAAGCAAUAAAUGAGGCUGGGGUCGGCAAGGUAUCAACGGUGUCGCACAUCACUACAGCUCCAGGUCCCCCCGAUGCUCCGAGAGCGCCUGACACUUUGUGCCGCUCAGCUGCUGCUAUCAUUGUUUCUUGGGAGGUGAGUUCCCGGNUCUGGAGCGCGGUUAGUACUUGUCAAACCCCAGCUGCCUCGCCUUCCGCCGUGACGUCAAUAAAAGUGGUACAACAGUCUUCCUCUCAUGUGCGUCUGCGCUGGCGACAUCCGGGAAACAAUGGCGCAGAAAUUACGUCAUAUAACGUGGAAGUGGCGGGUUGCAAGAACAUCAGUUUUGACGUGAACACCGGCGAGGGAUCUGAAACCGAGGAAGAAACGCCUGUCAUACAGGAGUAUGACAUCACUGAACUUCAGCCCAACACUCUUUACAGAAUACGUGUACAAGCCGUGAACAAAAUAGGUUGCGGUCCAUUUAGUUCUACCGUAUUCGCGACCACUGGUGACCUGCCCCCGCCAGCUCCUUUGUUGGAAUUAGCCACGCCCUCGUACCAGAGUCUGAAACUUAGGUGGACGUCAUCACGUGGCACAGGCGGGAAGACCGGCGCGGCUGGCAUGACGUAUACACUUGAAAUGUUGGACAAAAAUGGAAGCUUUGUUACUGUGUUUAACGGCCCCACCACUUCGCACAAGGUUGGCAAACUUCAGGAGAGGACUGAGUACCAGUUCCGUAUCCAGGCGAGCAAUGACGCAGGGCCUGGGCCCUUCUCUGAUGUGGUGUCUUUUGUAACCACAGCACAACCACCUAACACAAUCAAAGGUCUGACAGCAGAAAACACGACGCCUUCUUCACUGUCUGUCAGCUGGGACCCGGUACAAACCGUAAAGAGGGGAGAACAAAUUGAGUAUUUAUUGCAAAGUCAGUGUGUUGGAAAGGACCAAGAUUUUGUACAGGUUUAUCAGGGACCUAACACAAAGUUCGAAUACGACUCGCUCCCAGCGUCCACUGAGGUUCGCUUCCGCGUCUGCGCAGUACGAUUAAUGAACGUUCCAAGCGGGUCCCCAGGCCCCAUCAAGGGCGUCUUUUCGCCGGUGACGUCAGCAAGGACUACGACGCCGAAGAAGAAGAAGAAGAAGAUUUCCGAGAGUAGUGCGGACGGUGACGACCAAGCAAUGGACGUCAAGGAGACAAGAAGGGUAUCACUGACUGAUAAACAGUGGGCCAUGAUUUUCUUUUCAGGGUUCUCCUUGCUUGUGGUUGCUGUAAUUCUCCUGCUACCUUGUUUGUUCGGGGUUUCGGAUUAGUUGACCCUUUCACUCCCAAGAGUGCCAUUGUUCAAAAUUUAAAAAAAAAGGAAAAAAAUUCAAAUUUCAUCUUGUGAAAUAUUGAACGGUAGCUGACGAAAGUUCUGCUCGAGAGCUUUCAUUUGAAUGGUCGUACACCAGAAUUUAAAAGUUAGAAAGACCUUUUCGCAGGCUACCUUUCGUUUUGCUCCUAAGAGAGUACCAAACUUCAAGAAAAAAGAAGAGCAGAGUCCCAAGUUUAGUGUUGAACAAGAGCACACGAAAGUUCGGCUUAAGAGCUUUCAUUUGAAUGGUUGCACACUAGGAUUUCAACCGCAGACUUAAAAGCUCAACCACCUUGUUCAGCAAUAAUAAGUAUUGCUACAUGCAGUACUACUACGAAAGUUCGGCUUAAGAGCUUUCAUUUGAAUGGUUGCACACUAGGAUUUCAACCGCAGACUUAAAAGCUCAACCACCUUGUUCAGCAAUAAUAAGUAUUGCUACAUGCAGUACUACUGGAUGGCUGAGUGGUGACACGAUAAGGUUUCAGUCAGACUCAAACGUUAGAACUACUUUGUACAACACUUUGAACAGUACCAGCUGAGAGUACUGCUCACACAUCAGGGUUUCAGUCACAUAUGUAAAAAUUGGAACCAAGUUAAUACAUUUUGGCUCUCGGAGAGAAAUGUAUAUGGAGAAAAACUCUGUGAUACUUUAGGGUUAGGGUUAGUGUUAGCUUUUGUUCGAGUUUCAAUCUUAGAUUUUGACUCCCUUGACACAACAUAUUAAGUUAUAAAUAUUUUUCUUGGGCAAACUAGUUGGUUCCUACCGGGAUAGUCACACACUGGGGUUUCAUCCACAGACUUUGUACCUUGUACGACCCGAUAAAAUUUCCAAAUUAAGGUUUUAUCUACAUAUGUAGACUUUAUAACCGCAUCAGUUUUGGCAUCAAGGUUUGGCUCUCGGGUAGAAAUGGUCGAUUCGGUGAUAAUUAACCUUUUAACUCGCGCUUAAAGCUUAAAACUUGACUCACCUGACUUGACAUAUUAAGUUAUAGAUAUUUUUGGUGCUUAAACUUUGGAGGUGGGGGAGGAGUAAAGAGAUAGCCUUUAGAUGUGUUUUAAGAGGUGUAAUUUAUUAUCUAAUUGUUAUAAGAAAAAACCCCGACGAAUUGUUAACGAUUUAACUAUUAAUUAAUUAUCAACGUUCCUGUUAACUCCUGACGUUGGUUACAUUCGUGGAUUAAGAAAGAGUAAAGAACAUGUACAAUGAAUCAAGUGCUAGUCACGUUUCGGUGGUCACGCAACACGUCUUUUAGCUUGCGUGACAACCCUGGGAAGUGAAGUAUCGAAAUAAGUUAACCGAGCUCCAAAGCUAAGAGCUGUUGUUAAUCUCGUGAGUAUAAUCGGAUGUUGAAUAGCCUGGUAGCCUUAAAUAGUUAUAUUCUUGAACCAAACGCUCUAAUAAUCAACAAUUUUGUCUUUAAACAUUAGUAGCAUGUAUGCGUUUGAUAUAGACAGACAAGUGCUAAAACCUCUAAAUGGUGAUGUUACUUUCCGUUGCUAAGCAACUUUGUAACCAAGAAACAAAAAAUUUCCGGCCUAAGACGCCGACCUUUUGUUUUGGAACACAGCAUGCAAGACAAGUUAGGUGUUUGAUGUAAAGUAUGAUCUUUUCUGAACCAACUGUACUCCCAGUUACUCCAAGAAAUAUCUUCGUCUCGUUGCGUUGGAUUUCGAAAUGCAGGCAGUUAACCGUUGGAAGUAGAUCUUGGGAAAUUCAAGGACAAUUUGCCCUUAUUUACAAGUCAACCUGAACGUUUCACGAUUAUUCCCAAGUGUGUUGGUCUGGUAUUCUGUAAUGAAAGGACAAGGGUGGGAAUUUAAGAACAAGUGCGUCCACGUGACGGCUGGGUUUGCAGCACGCGGGGAUCGUGCAUUUUCAGAUUUGUUCUUGCUGUUCUUGUUAGUGUUGUUGUUUCUUAAUCUAUCGCUUAUCUCAACAAGGUCGUUUUAAUAUCUGCCUCCAAACUUGAGGCUCAGUGGCAGUUGCGUUAGUAAGGAGUUAUUGCUAAAAUAGCGUCGUUAGUCGUAAUGCGUGCCUAUAGUGCAGUUCUGUAAAAGUACUGCAGAGAAACCAUAGACACCGUUUGCAUAACAGACGCUUUAAUUUGAAUGACGACACUUAAUACAUCCCUAGGCUUUUCACAUGAAAAGGCUAGGGAUGUAUAAGUAUUGUUAUUCAAAUUAAAGCGCCUUUUAUGCAAAGGUCUAUUGAUUAAAACACGCAUGACCGACCGAGGCACAAGUUUCCAAAAAUUCUUUUUCUUUUUCAGUCUAUUAACAGUCCUACUUUACUGAAGAUAGUUUAGCGUUGACAGACGAAUGAACUGAUUGAUUGUUUCAAAUUUCAAAAUAGAGAACGUUAGUAAGCUUAUCGCUAUGCAAAGUGUGUUUAAUCUGUGCUCAGUGACAUAAUUUAGUUUAAAAAGUAAUUUGAAAGAUGUCGGAAUAGGGUGUCGAUGAAGGGUUUAAAUCGUGAGGUGUUAGAGUGUAUUGAAAAUGCAUUUCGAAGAAGAGAUAUAUUUAUUUUUAAAGAUUAAUACACUAAAAUAAUGACUAGUUUAAUUGUACAGAGAUUCUCCAACUAUUUAACGUGAUACCCUGCACUUUGAUCUGUGUUAGUAGUACUACACAAUAAACAAAACUAGUACAGUUGAGUUAAUGAAUUAA